AAUAUCCAUCACCUUUCUCAUCACCAAUUUGAAGUUCCAGGGCUUUCAGGACUUUUCUGGAGCUCACAAGAUUCAGUCUUUUUCUUCUUUUGCAUACUUCCUGUUUAACUAUCAUUUAUGUUUUUUGCAGAACAAAAGGAGAGCUGCAGGAAGAAAGAAUGGAGAGUGGUCAAGAUAAUGUAUUCAACAAGAAUAAUAUGAAGGUGGAGAUUACAUCAAUGGCUGACAACAUUUCUGGUGGUGUUACUAAAUUACAAAUGACACCCACUUCUGGGUCUGCUAUGCCUCAGCUUACAAGACAGCCAAGUGUUACAAAGAACAAUUGCCUAUGUUCUCCAACUUCUCAUGCUGGUUCAUUCCGGUGCAGGCUCCAUCGUGCCCCGAGCCUCCAACGAACCAAAAGCAUUGACUCUGCGUCUCUCAAGGACUCCACCAUUAAGGUUAAUGCCACAGCUGAUGAUCCUCCAGCUAGUAAAUCAAACAUUGACGAGGCCUAGUAAUUCACAUCUCUUGUGCUCUGCAAUAUUCUAUGUAUGGUUGUUUGAUAUAUUUACUGUUUUCCUCUGCUUGUAUCGUUAAGAUAUCUUACCAAUUUGCAUAUCUUUCUCUGCGUUCUUGCGCAUACCAGAUAAAGAAAGUUACUUUGUUGUGUA